AUGGUUAAACCAAACGACGCCAUUGCCAUAAUCAUCGGAGUCUUCAUGAUGCUUUUGGUUAUUGUAUCAUUCUUGUUAUGUGGGCCCUCCCCGCGAACUCCGCACUACAUGACGGAUACAGAGACCGGCACCGACGACGGUUAUGAGAGGAAUAGUAUUGAGAUCAGAGUUUCUCAAGACCCUCAGCCUAGAGAUGCAACUAUGAUGGUUCAACUGCCCGCUGAGCAGCCUACUGAACCACACACCGAACCGCCCGCUGAAUCGCCCACGGAAUCGCCUGCUCGGCCAUCAGCUCCAGAAAGUGAUGUUAGAGUUCCCGUGAAAUCCGGUGGAGGGCGUGGUAUACUCAGGGUCCGUCGAGAAGUUGGCAAAGAUGGUGGUAGCGAGGUUCCUAUAUAUAUUGGUGGAUGA